AUGCCGCUGAUCAAAGACUUGUUAGCGGAAGCAGCUAAAGGGAAGAUUUUUUCCAAACUGGAUCUGAGAGACGCCUAUUUUCGCGUGCGCAUAAAAGAGGGCGAUGAGACGAAAACGGCCUUCAAUACUCCGCUGGGCCAAUUUGAAUAUCUAGUGAUGCCCUUCGGACUUCAGGGCGCUCCGGGGGUAUUCAUGAACUUGAUAAAUGAGGUCCUACACGAACAUUUGUUUAAGGGGGUACUUGUUUACCUUGAUGAUAUCCUUAUCUAUUCCCCCGAUCUCUCCUCUCACGUGAGACUG